UCGUCCAAAACGGUCAUCUUAAAAUUGCACGCACAUUAUUUUAAAGUACAUUUUGUAAACAUGGCGGCAAGUUGGGAGAAUAACGAAGAUGACGGUUCGUCUGCUAAUAACGGCAGUAUGUUCGACUUCGCCGAGCUGUGGUCUGACCCAGAAGUAUUUGAGAGUUUCAUGGGCAGUACAGACGAGAAGGUUUUCAGGGCCAUGAGGGAAGCCUUCAUGGGUGUUUUAGCGGACUACUGCACCAACUCCAAGGGCGCUGCGGUGGCGGACGUCGAGCGGAUGUCGCCGGGCGAGCUGUGCCAGUUCCUCCAAGAGUUUUACGCUGACGUGCGGCAGCCCGACGGGCGUCGGUACACAAGGCACUCGAUGUUCGCAAUGAGGCACGUCCUACAAAAUCACUUCCAGAAUGUCCUCCAAGCGGACAUCUUAAACGAUCCAACCUUCGGGCCAGCAAACGACGUAUUUGACGCCAUUGACUGCGAAGUCAUGGACAUUUCUGUCUCUCAGCAUGCCCAGCAGGCGCCGUGGAAUGCAUGGGAGAGGAAGAAAAAAGAGAGGAAUGUUCACAUCAUCUCCAAGGAGGACAUGGACAAGAUUCGUUCCUCCUACCUAACAGACUGUACCAGUCCCAAAGGUCUUCAGAACACCGUGUUCCUCAAUGUCAUGCUUCACUUCUGUUGCACCACCUACGGCCGCUGGAACCUCCGCGACAUGAAGAAAUCCAAUUUUGCUGUCAUGACGGACGGGGCCUUGAACCGAAGAUUUAUCUGUUUCGUCAACAAGGACAAAACGGGCAACCUCGCCGAGGCCCACCUUGGUAACAGAGACACCGAAAACGGAGGAGACGAAAGCGAUGAUGAUUUCAGCAUGGACAAAGUUCGCAUGUACGAGGCGCUCGAGGACCCAAAACGCUGCCCUGUAGCGCUUUUUGAAAAGUACCUCGCAAAGCUGGACCCCAAGUGCGAUGUUUUCUGGCAGAGGCCUCACAAAUACAAAAGACAUGACAAUUACUGGUACGACGGGGUUGCCGUUGGCGUUAAUUGCCUGGGCUACAAAAUGAGAGACAUCUCCACCCUAGCUGGAUGCUCCAUGGUUUACUCCAACCAGUGUUUGAAAGUUACGAGUAGAGCCUGUCGAUUGAGAAUGACUGAGACAGGUUCUCCCUGUACCUGCUCAGCGCAGCACCUCCUUCCUCCAGACACCAGUGAGAACUCUGACUCUGGUUUCCAUGGCAACAGGGCAUCUUUUUGCACAGGAUCGAGUGAGGAGGAAAAUAGCUUCCUGAGUUUUGUCAAAGAUGAACCAGACGAUGUAAUCGUCCUUGAUGAUGAGAAUGACGGGAGCCAUGAGAUGCAUAAUGAUGUCUCUGCUAGGUCAGACACUAGCCCAGUUACUUACGUGUCAUUACCUAGUCACAGCGGGCACACUUCCCAAUCUGGCAUCAUAUACAAAUCAGCUGUGCUUCCUUCACCGCCAGCUACUAGUAAUGCCUACCCAAUUCAGUAUCAGGACCAAGCGCUGCCGGACUGUAUCAUCAGUGUGCACACAAACGACAACCCCCAGGCACAUCUGAUCGAGGAGCAGUUUAGAAAGAGCCAAGACAGCCCUGACUUCCGAGAUGCCUGGAGGGUGGAGAGAAGCUGGCUGGACGACAACAAUGAAAGGAGGUGGCUGUUGACCCAGAACACCGAGAACAAGCAGAGGAAGUGGCUGUUGAGUCAAAACAGCGGAAGCCCCGUGGAACAAGGCACAUCAAGAGGCAGCGCUGAUGAGCAUCUUCCAAGGAACCUGCCGCCGUUCUGUCAAACGAGCCAGAACACCCGACAAAACUUGGCGGAUCAAGUUCAGAGGUCAAACCAUGCUAUGCCAAGGCCCACAACUGAAACCCGGUCUGGACAAAACGUGGACAGGCCCGAUUCAAGAGAAGGAGGCAAAUCAGCGACACAGGCUCCUCAGGAUGCACCAGCUGCGAGCGGUGGCAGAAGUGGGAUAACAACAAUGAUGACAGCAGACAGCGAGGUCCUGGAACUGCAAAAGGAAGUGCUCAGGAUGCAGCGGGCCAAUCUGGCCCUAGAGAGAAGGAAGAUGGAACUGCAGAUUUCCAAAUUGGAGGCGGAGACUCUCAGAAUGAGGGGAGGAAGUUAGCCCGAGAAGUAGGCCAGGCCCCAACAACUCUUAAACAACCUAAUCUACUGGUUCUCGCAUUGCCUCCAUACAAGUCUUCAAGUGCAAGGGUCAGGUACUUUAGGCAGAGUUGUAAUCAAGUCUACAUGUAUCUCAUGUCAAAUCCCAAGCAAAUUCAGAGGUAACAGAGGACCAAAACAAUAAUAUAGAAAUGCCUAAAGUUUUUAAAGUUUUAAUUGGAGUAGCUUGUGGCUUAAUUGACUUAAUUUCAGACUUCAGAGGACUUGAAGUCUACUUUUCAGAAAGGCUUACAUGUAUACUAGUUUACAUGGGGUAUAUGAUUUCUAAUCGAAGUCUUUCCAUUGAGGUUAAACAUGUGCUACUUAGUUCUUAGCCCCUGAACUUGCCCAUUUCUUUAUCGCCAACUAUCUUGCUUUUCAACAUCAAGUAUUCCCAAAUAUUUACAUACAGACAAGAUUGAUUUUUUUUUUGUAGUUACUAAUAAUUUGAGUGUCCAAUCUUACCGUAAAUUGAUAAACAAUAUUAAACAUGUUUGUAAAAAUUGAUGAAAAUAUUUUGUAACAUUCAGAAUAGGGUCCAAAAGAAUCCCCGACAUCCCAUUGACGAAAACUUUGGAAUUUACAAAGUAUCUGGAAAAAACAGUUCUGAUGAAGAAAAACCACUUUUUACACAUAAGACAUUCAGUAUUUCUCGUUUGUAGUGCAACAUUGAAGAAACAAAGUAAACAGACAUAACCUUUGUCCGAUGUUUUCUACCAUCAAUUUUUUUCCCUGUCUAUUAAUAUAUCUUCAAAACGCCGUAUUCCUGAAUCUACAGACUUAUUUAACCGACCUGACGAGAUACAUGCACCUUGGACUGAAUGUCAGUCUAAAAUCUUUCUAUGUGCAAACAUUCAUGCCCUGAUGGGUAUUAUUUUACUUAUUUUCCCAGUAUUAAUUGCGUGUGUACUACUGUACUUUGCUAUAAUUCUUGGCACAUGAGGGCGCUGUUUGCUGCGAUUUACCUCAUUUCAUGUUACAGUUGGGGAAUUUUCUGUACAUUUUUAAAAUGUAAAACGUGUGAACCAAAGAGAGACGAACAUCACUGUUUAUUAAAAUGAGUGACACUCCAGUUAAUAUUGUAAUGUGGCUUGCCAGGGUUCAGUUGAAAGAUUGUACUUAACAAAGAAAUAUUUACGUCCCAGACAUGUAUGAAGUGUGGUGUCGGAGCAUAUUCAGGGCGAGUCAAAAAGAAAGUGACCUGGGUUUAUGAUUUUUUUUCUUAAUAAGCAAUCAAAUUUGAUAAACCAAUGAAGUAUGUCUUAAACGAGCAUGUUCUUCCACUCAUUACGCAAAUUACGUGUAAUUUUCAGUAACUACAGUGUACAGACAUAGAACUGGGAAUUAAAAAAAACAAACCCAAAAACGAGGAAAUUCCAAAACGCACAAAGACUAAGUGUUUUUCACUUUGUAAUGGCAUUCAUGAGAAGUAAAAAUAACCCAGAAAUCGGCGGAUCCAAGGAAAAAUUGCAUGCCCGAUUGUACAAAUACCAAGUCAAUUACAUACAUGUACAUUUGUACUUUAUCCCUAUUUUUUUGUGUGUGAAAUGUAAUGAGCCACAUAUUGUUUAAAAUAAGUUUUCUGAUUAAGUCACUUUCUUUUUGACUCGCCCUGUAGAUAAGAAAGUCAAACGAGAAAAAGGGUAACUCCAGGAAAGUGGCGUACUGGUAAAACACUUCUUUAUUUUUUUGUUUUAACACCAAAUAACAGUUAACAAUAACCAACUUGUAUGACUUCCAAAGCCAAAGUUGCAACCUGAAUUUGUGCACAUUAUUUUUGCACUAAAUUUUAAUAUAUAAAAAAUAAAUAAAUUAUAAAUAAAUGAAUACGUUGUGUGCUCUUUUUAAGUGCAUUUUCUUGCCGGUCAACUAGUUGUGCCAAAAACCGUCUGCACGAAGUGCAUUUUAGGAUGCAUUAUGUUAGACAGCAUUCAGCCAAAUCAAGGGACUCAAAAUGAAACUACAGUCCACUUACUUUAAUACAAACUCGGCCGGACCGAGCCAAAACGUUUGUUAUAUCAGAAUUUUGUAUUAAGUGGAGUGCUGGUACUGCCGGUCCAAUUAUUUGUGCACAUAAAGCACAGUCGGGACCAAGGCUUGAUGUUUGCUAUAACCAGAAUUUGUAUUAACAGUGUUUGUAUUAACGAGAGUUGACUUGUAGUUGCACAUGUGUUCGAUACCAAGUUGAUUGCUGUUAGUCUUUAACCCUAACCGUCCCAAAUCCUUCAAAGUCCUCUUUGCAAAAUGGAGGAUUUUGCAGGAUUGAGGCUAUAUGGCAAAAGUGUGUGGCUGAUAAUUGAUGAUGUCAAGGUCCAAGUCCAGACCAUGUCUUUUUGAUCACCAUUGUAGAGUAUCAUGAGAGCUUGUCAAAAUAUAAUAGCUUACAAUGUAAUUGUCAUUUGAAUUUUGUUCAGCUUAACGGUAAAAAUGUAACUUACUUACAUGCACCAAAUUUUUAACAUUUUGAAACUGUCUUCACAAUCUCUUUUCCACAACUGAAAUUAACAUGAACUGUAAUGAUGGUUACAUUAACCAAUGCACCUAGUGCACAACGUCUAAAAUUGAAAAAAUCUAUUUGAAAUUUAUACAUUUAAAUUUUUUUUUUUACUUAAGAACAGUGAACAGAUGUGUUUAUUUCAGAUAUUUAUCUGGAAAAGAUUUGUUCAGGAUAACAUGUAUUGUCAGAACAAGUUUUAGAAUGUCAAAGCCUUUAACCUUCCCUUUGUUUGGUUCUUAAUUUGUCAAUUCGUUGGUCAACUUCACAUUUUGAAAUUGUGCUGUAAAUAAGUGUGUAUUCAUUUUGCAUUAGCACAAAGUUCUAACUUUGCACUUUGAAGUUCGAGUGCAAAAACGAAUUGCUUAAUAAUGUGUAUUUUUUAUGCAUUAAGAACAUCAGAAAUAAAACAACUUUAUAUUGUAUGA